GAUGUAUUAAACAUAUUUUUUUGAAAAAAAUAUUACUAAAUUUGUCUCAUUGUAUAUUUUCAAAAUCUGAUUUUUUUACAUUUUUUACUAAUAGAGAGUCAUAUAUAUUAAUGGUCAAAGUUGUGACUCGAAAAAUGUGAAAUGUUGACCGUUGCACUUAUUUAAGAACGGAGGAAGUAUAUAUAUGUAUGUAUGUGAUGGAGUAUAUGGACUCCGACCCCCCGGUCUGCCGACUAUUGGGCCUGGACAGCGGCCCACACAUGUUUAGAGGGUUCUUAUUAUUGUACAUUAUUAUUCAGAUGUUCUAGAUUAGCUUUUUAUACUAUCAGUCUAUUUAUGUAACCAGGUCUGUCAGGCCCGUAUUAGAGGCCCAGACCCGGAUUUUCCCUAUAUAUACUCCUUAUAGGAGGCUUGUAACUAAUAACAAAUAUUCAUUCAUUCUAUACACUUUCAUUAUUUCUUCUCCAUUCUUGUUCAAUCUCUCUUGUUUAUACAAUAUGAGUAUCAAUUAUCCAUCAUUUGGUGCUCUCGUUGAGAGAUUGAACACAAUCAAGUAAGGAAACCUCCCCAAAACACCCAAAAAAUUCAUCCAAAAUACAAGGAAUCAGUCAAAAACACAUCCGAAAAAUGUCAAAAAAUCCAGCAAAAAGCAAUCUGGAAAAUCCAAAUCUAAGUCAUAAAAAUAGCUGCAGAGGAGAUCGUCGGACGCCGCUACCAGCCGCCGCCGCACCAGAUCUGUUCUGGAGUUGAUACCGUCGCCGUCCAUGCCGCCGCCCUUCGCCGUCGGCUCAGGCUCGCUGGAAGUCUGGAACUCACCUGCUGCACUCCAAAGAUAGCGUCGCUGCUCACAGCAGUUGUAGGGUCGUCAGUAACCGUUCCAGUAAUUUCUCCGCCUCCGUUAGAGAGAUGCCAACCGCGUGAAUCGGCUGGAGGUCGCGACCAAUGGCUCAAUGCAGACCGACAACGGAAUACAACUUGAGGCAGCAGGUCGAGUCUUACUUAUAACACUGAUUUCAUAGAUUUCGCAUCUCCCUCUUGAAAAGUUGAAAACCCGCCAUUAAUGGCGGUUGGAAGCCUUGAUAGUUGUUUUUGAGCUCCUAUGUUAUCAAGCACAGACAAAGUGGCAGAGCCUCUGCUCUCAAACUUUGGCUUGCCAAUCUUGUUCGCAGAAGCCAGAUCGAUUUUGUCACUAAAUUAAUUAGUGGACCCACUACAUUAAUUCACCUUUUGAGAUAUGUGGCUUCAAAAAAUGGAUACGUGGGUGCACUUCAUCUUUGAUUCCUUGUGGUGGCCGAGCAAACAGUCAAAUAUGGAGUAUAUUCGUAGUCAACAGACUUUUUUCCACUUGAAAUAGGCCUAAGGAUCAACAUAUUAUAUUCAUUUGGGCCGGUAUUUCUGCCCACUUCAAAAAGAUAAGUACUCUUUAAUUUUUAUACUACGUAUUAUUUAUAUAUAUUUAAAUCAUUUUUUUCGGGUGAAUGUCACACUAUCACGCACUUAUGAUCAAAUACCUAGUAGAGUGUGGCUUGAGACCCAUCACUAGGAUUUAAAGCCCUGACUCCUCAGGCACAAAGCCUUGUCUCCUCAGGCACAAAGCCCCGACCAAGUCGGGCAUGAAGACAAAACCCGACCAAGUCGGGUACGAAGACCGGUCUUAGUCAUUCCUCGAGUGGCGACCGUUGCUUACAAAUGGCUCACACAUCCAUUCUACUAAGUAUUUUAUCAUUACAUUAACAAUUCACAUCUCCACUUGUUUCAAGCGACGAACCCCCGAUCGGGAACAUGAAUCCCAAGAAUUUUUUUUUAUAUGUAUGAUAAAUGUGUAGGUACGAAGAUGACUUUACUCAUUUUCACCUCGUCUCUACUCGCCUCAAAGAGUGGGGACUGGGGGAUUGAGGGGCCAGAGUUUCUAGAUGAGCAGAAAAUAUCACGCAAGAGCAGGAACAAGAGCUGAGUCAGUUGAAGAGAAGCUGAGCUAGAUUGAUUAUGCCGGAGGGGAUUUACCUUCCUUGUUUCAUGUUGGGGGCGCUAGGUGUACUCUUUUUCCCUUUAUUAGGAUUUUUUCCCACUGGGUUUUUCCUAGUAAAGGUUUUUAACGAGGCACCUCCCCAUCAUGGACAAGGGUGGUGGUCCCCCGACCGAAGAGGAAGAAACCAAAGACAGAAGAACGUUGCAGCUACAGUUUGGACUACUCCCUUUCACCUCGAGUACUCUCGGCUCAGGGAGUGGGAGACUCCUGAUGGAGUAUAUGGACUCCGACCUCCCGGUCUGCCGACUAUUGGGUCUGGACAGCGGCCCACACAUGUUUAGAGGGUUCUUAUUAUUGUACAUUAUUAUUCAGAUGUUCUAGAUUAGCUUUUUAUACUAUCAGUCUAUUUAUGUAACCGGGUCUGUCAGGCCCGUAUUAGAGGCCCAGACCCGGAUUUUCCCUAUGUAUACUCCUUAUAGGAGGCUUGUAACUAAUAACAAAUAUUCAUUCAUUCUAUACACUUUCAUUAUUUCUUCUCCAUUCUUGUUCAA